AUCAAAGGCACUGUGAUUUGUUGAAGAGCUAUAGCUAGUUAUGGGAAAUCCUGAAGCUGGCUCUUCUGAUUACCAACCUCAAUCAGAAUAUGAAUUACAACCCCAAGAUUAUCAAUAUGAGGCAACUCAUGAAGCCAUGGCCUCUCAGGAUCCACAAGCCCAACAACAAUUCCAACCACCACAAUCGUAUCCACCACCAUUGCAACCUAACCAGGCCGCCUAUGGGGCUCAGCCGGGGCGGCCUAUAAAUUUUCCACCCCAAAACAGUCAAAUGAAUUCACCCGGGCUGAAUCAGCCUGGGAUGCAUCCGCAACAAGGCCCACCGUUAGAUCCGGUUAAACCUAUGCAGUUUCCGCCAUCCGACCCGCAAAAUAACCAAACAUAUGGGCAAAAUCAGCCGGGGGCUUACGCACCAUAUAACCAGAAGCCCAUGCCAGCCCCGCAAAGUCCUAUGAAUUUUCCUCCAAUUGGACCCCAAGCUUCUACAGGGAUGCAAUUUCCGCCCAAUAAUGGGCCACAAACACCAUAUGGGGUUCCAGUUACAGGCCAGGGAAAGUUGGGAAACGGUUGGCAUAGUGAGCUUUUUGAUUGCAUGAAUGACCCAAUGAAUGCUCUUGUCACUGUUCUCUUUCCGUGCUUGACGUUUGGCCAGAUUGCAGAGAUCAUCGAUGAUGGCCACACCUCGUGUGGGACAAGCGGUAUGCUAUACGGGGGGAUUGCGUUUUGCAUAGCGUUGCCAUGCAUAAUGUCAUGCACGUAUAGAACCAAGCUCAGGAACAAGUUUGGGCUUCCGGAGGCUCCAGCACCCGAUUGGGUCACCCAUUUUCUUUGUGAAUGGUGUGCUCUUUGUCAAGAAUAUAGAGAGCUUCAAGCUAGAGGCUGGGAUCCUUCCAUUGGAUACCAGGGAAACCUAGCGAGGCACUCAAACAUGAAUAUGAAUCAUGUUAACAUGAUGCCCCCAGGGAACCAAAGAAUGAUGGGUUGAAGAGAACUUCUGGGUGGCUUUCAAUUUAGUUUUUUUUAUUGUAAUGUUCUAAGACAAAUAAAUGAAAUCCACUUUGUAUUUAUAAUUUGAA